AUGAAGAAUUUUGGUUUUGGGGAAAAGUGGGUGAGGUGGAUCAAAAUAUGCACAUCUUCAGCCAAAAUAUCUGUUCUGGUUAAUGAAUCUCCAUCUGAUGAACUUACACCUCAAAAAGGACUUUGGCAGGGCAACUUGUUAUCACCAUUUUUGUUCAACAUUGUUGCUAAAGGAUUGAAUACAUUGAUUGAAAAGGAAAAAGAGUUGGGUUUUGUAAAAGGUGCCACUGUUGGGCCUAAUGAGUUGAAGGUUUCUCAUUUACAAUUCGCAGAUGAUACUAUUAUUUUCUGUGAAGCUGAUAGGAUUGGUCAAUAUAAAGAGAAUUUUAAGAGUGUGGUGUGUGGGGUUGGUGUUAAUGAAGAGGACAUUAAUGAUUUUGUCUCAAUUUUGCAUUGUUAUAGCCAAAAGCUUCCUAUUGCUUAUCUAGGCAUACCUCUUGGGGCAAAUCCUAGACGAAAGAGCACUUGGAAUCCAGUGAUCGAGAAAGUAAAGCACAAAUUGGCUUCAUGGAAAAGGAAGAUGCUCUCAUUUAUAGGUAGAUUAACAUUAGUGAAGGCGGUUCUUUCAAGUUUACCUUUAUAUUUCCUAUCAAUUUUUAAACUACCUGUGGGUGUGGCUAAACAGUUGGAUAGGAUUCAGCCAGGUGUGAAACAUGGAAGCUACUGUGAAGAAUGUACUGUUGGUAUUAGGGGUAUUCUUCUUGCUUUGGGUAAAAGAAUAAGAUCUGCUGCUGGUGCAAGAGGCUUGCUGAUGUAUGUUGCUGGUUGGCAUUUUGCUAAUGCUGGUUUGGUUGAUUGGUCUGGUCUGUGA